CUCUGCGGAACCAGAUCCUGUGAGCCAACCGUGCACAAAAUUUUUAAUACAACGUUUCGUGAGAUUGUUGUUUCAAAUGAAAGUGUUUUCUACGAGCUGUGUCUGUUUCAGUUUCUCCAAAACACCCACGGUUUAGAGCAGCAAUCGAGUUUGAAAUGGGCAAGGAUGCUCCUCAGCAACAUAAUGGGAACAAGCGACCUGUCAGUGCUUCUCCGUAUGCAGAGAACUACAGGGUCCCGAUGGAUACCUGUCAGCGACACCUAAUAAAUCACCGAUUGAUGGUGUCUAAGUUGUCCCGUAGAGAGCUGGAGGAUAAGUACAUAAAUUUGUGUGACGAACAUUUCGUGAUGAAAAAGCGAUCCCAGGAGCAGGAAGAUCAAAUCAAGAGGCUAAAAAUUAAAUUGAUUCGUUGUUCCAGUGGCGAGGGUAGCAAACCCAAGCCCAAGCAAGACACCAGGAGUGAUUUUAACAAGCUCCAUGAUUUAGAAACACAACGUCGCGAAUUACAUGGUAAACUGGAGAACCUACGGAAGUGUCAACGAAAGGAAAGUCAGGAUACGCAGACGGGAUUCGAAAGACGAUCGCAGAGUGCGCGGCGAACCAAGGAAGACACCACAAGGUCCACAUCGUCGCCCAACGACGGCAUCGGGCUCGAAUACGACGAAGAUAAGGACCUGGUUUCGUCCACAGACGAGGACAGUUGCUCGGGAAAAAGCGAUGCCAAACCGCAGUCGAAACCAUGCCACGGUUGUGCGGCCCUCCAAGCGGAGAAGAUGUCCAACGAGGCGGAGUUUGUGAAAAUGAAGCUUAAUAUUAAAUUUUUGAACAAGGAAAUCCAAAGUGAGAAGGAGAAGAAUACCUUUCUGGCCCGCCAGCUGGAGGAAAAAAUCUCUUACGAGAUAAUGAAACGAAAUGCAGCGGAAAACACGGAAGUUAUCACACUGACGCGUCAGGUGGAGGAUAUGAACAAACAAAUUCUACGACAACAGGAAGAGCAAAAAGUGGCGAUGGACGUGGAAUUAAACAAACAGACGGAUUUGAUAGCUUAUGUUAGGAAGGAAAAGGACAAAAAUGCGGAAUUGUUCGAAGAGUGCGAGCGACUCAAAAAGAAUAUCGAGAAGAUAAAAGAGAACAUGUCCGAAGUGGAGAUCGAGCGUGACUUUCUAAAGCGACAGCAGGAGAAUUUUACCAAGAUCGUCGACGAGAAUAAGCUUCUCCGCUACCAGCUGGAGGAAUUGCGGCAGCAAAAUGAAGCGCUAUCUAGGGAAAUCAAUGCUCUCAAAGAAGAGGAAGCGGUUACGAAAAGCGCCCAGAAGGAUCUGCUGGAGAAGUUGAAGUGUUUGCAGCAGGACAACGAUACUCUUUCCGUACUGCUGGAGGGUUUACGAACCGAGAACGAGAUCUUGGCAGGGGAGAAAUCUGUUUUGGAAACUAACUUGAAGAGUUUAGAAGCUUCCCCUACGAGAACUGCUUCGCCGAUACAGUCGCUGAAAUGUGAAGUUGAAACACAAACGGAAACUGUUGACCAUGUUCCUACAGUUGGAAAGACUGAGGCUCCACAUCCAACAAAAACACCAACAGAGCCACCUCCUGUCACGGAAACCACAACCAAACACUCUCGGGCAAGCCAUGCUCCACUAUCGUAUGGCGGCCAUGGAAAUUACUUCCCACCGAAACAGGUGCGGAUAAGUCAAAUUUUGCCGAAUGCUGCGUUGCUCCAGCGGCAUGUUGUCGAGCCAAAGGAGAGGUCCACCAAUGCUGCCCUGCUGCUGUCGAAUACGUAUGCUGAGAAUCUGGCGAAACAUUUCAAAACCAGUCACUUCCCGGUGGUGCCCCCUGUCAGCACGAAGCGGAAGGAGUCUGUGUCAUCCGGUUCGUCAAGUUUGGACAGGAAGAGAAUUUCUUUCCACACCGAUGAGAGCAGUAUUCUGGAAGACACUUCGACAGAAACUGAAAAACCAGACGAUCUGGAUGGAAUACAUAAGACCUACGCCGGAUAUUUUGGCCAGCCGCCAGAGCAGCAGCAUCUUGCCGUGCAAUUCCACUCGGAACUGGAUAACGUCCCGUCGGAGCAUAUUGCGAUCGUCAUUCAAUCGGUCAUGUGGCGCGGAGCGAUGCUGGCUAGUCUACUCGCGCAAAAAAUGCGCCAGUUUUAUGUUGAGUUUCGGUUUCUCGAUGAGCGGGGACCACUGCUGGAGACACCACCGUCGGCCAAACUUCUGACGGGGACGCUGGAGUAUCGAUUCGAUCAUCGAGUGGUUUUCGAGUUGGACGAUCGGCGUCACACCAGAAGGCGGCAGACGCUGCGUGGCAUGCUGCAGCCGCGCGGCAAGGACACCAUACAGUUUGUGGUGGUCCAGGAGCAUGAGAAAUGUUGCAGCGAAAUCGGAUUUGCUUCGGUUAGGUUGAGGGAGGAAAUUCACGGAACCCAUGGUGUAGACUACAAAGUGAUUCAGACUCCAAUCUACGAUAUAAAGGCACCUGCGGAUGAAAUUGGAACGCUUCAAAUAAAGCUAGAGGGAAUUAAUUUCAUGACAUUGAACUUCUGGAUUUGACACGAAUGAGA